AUGCGUCUUUACCUCUUGCCCAUCUCCACGAGACGGACGCUGCUUUACUGCCAAAAGCUAGACGCGCCCGCAACACAGAAGCAGACGUGGGGGGAUUGGCUCCAGGGCAAAGCGGCGCGCACAUGGUCCGACUGGGAGCAGAAAGAGAAGGGCUGGCAAAAGAAGGUCGUCAGCUACGGCAACUACGCGCUCCGCCGGAUCCCCUACGAGGAAUGGGGUCUCAAGUCGGUGCCCCCGCUCUCCCAGCGCAGGAAGCAGGUCGAGCUGCGGGGCGAUGAGAAGGUCGAGGUGGUGUAUCCGAAGAGCCUGUUGCCCCUGGGGAAAGUCUCCAAGAUCCUGGAGGCCUUGGCCACCGAGAGGGAAAGCUUGCACAAGCAGAGGUUGGCGUGGUGUUUUGUUGGCAUGCCCGUCACGAUACCCAUUGGGCUGCUCCCCGUAAUCCCCAAUCUUCCCUUUUUCUAUCUCAUCUACCGUGCCUGGUCUCACUGGCGUGCCUACGCAGGAGGGAAGCACAUCCAGUUCCUACUCAAAAACAACCUCCUAACCUACACCCCAUCCCCCGUGGUGGACGCUGUAUAUGCCGGUCAAGAGCAGCCGCUGCCGUCCACGCCAGAGCCAACCACCAGCCCGAACGCGGAACUGCUCGGUAACGAGAAGGUCCCAGGGCCUGAGAAUCCUCAUCCAGAGGGGGAGACCAUGCUGCUGAAUCAGGCCAACGGGCGGAAGAUGACCCAAGCGUUGGACCUACCGCAGUUGGAAAUCGAAUUGGAGAGGGCCAUCUGGCAGGUGGAAACGGCGGUUCAGCUCAGCAAGGAGGACAUUGCCGAGGAAAAUUCAAGGGGUGGCGAUGAGAAAAAGACGCAAUGA